CAUGUAAGAAGAAGUGUGGAACAUUGAAACUUUUCUGCUUUCUCUAUUCUUCAAAGUCUGGGUUCUUCUCACAGUCGUGGGCCUCAUCCAGGGAAUGGGCCCCUGAAGUUUGAAGCGGUAUUUUCCCCGAUGAGAGUCAAUUAAACAAACCAACAAUGGGAACUGAAACAUCAGUACAUGAUAGGAUGACGCCACACUUUUGUUUUACCCUGUUUUACCCUUUCGCCUUUCCUGUUUUUCCAGCUCUGAAAAACCCAGCUCAUGAAGAAGCAGCAGGACACAGAGCAGUUUCUUUGCUUUGUACUGUCACAGCUCAGACUGGAGGCAGCGCUGUCGCACCUCAGGUCUCCCAGUCUACCGUUGGAGGCUCUGUCAACACAAACAUCUACAACUACUACAACUGUGGUAGAGUGAGAGGAAUAGACUGUACAACAAAGGAACGCUCAAAUGAAGAACCAGGCAAUCAGCUGACAGAAAACCUGUCCAGGUAUGCAGAGUGUGAGCAAGUAAUGAAGAAUCCAUUGUCUACUACUUGUGGACACAGUCACUGCAGCCAGUGCACCAGUGGACACUGGGAACAGUCUGGCUCUGCAGUGGAGAAUGCUUGUCCUCUGGGCAGGAAAAGGUCCAGGACCCACCCUGAACCCUGUCCUCACCGAGAUUGUGAAGAGACAGCUGGGAAACAGUGCUCAGUGACGAAUGAGUCUUUCCUCACCGGUCAGAACAACAAAGAUCCAGAAAGAGUUCUUUUGAAAACAGUUCAAAAGGAACAUAAAUCUACUUUAGAACAGACAUUUAAAAACAUUUUUGAAGGGAUUGCAAAACAGGGAAACCCAACCCUCCUGAACAGGAUCUACACCGAGCUCUACAUCACAGAGGGAGAGAGAGAAGGAGUCAAUGAUGAACAUGAGGUGUGGCAGAUCGAGAGUGCUUACAGGACACACAGUUCACUAGACACUCCUAUCAACUGCAACGACAUUUUCAAGUGCCUACCUGGUCAAGAGAAAACCAUCAGAACUGUGCUGACCAAGGGCAUUGCUGGCAUUGGAAAAACAGUUUCUGUGCAGAAGUUCAUCCUUGACUGGGCUGAAGGAAAAGCCAAUCAGGACAUUGAUUUCAUUUUUGUUCUUCCUUUUCGGGAACUCAAUUUAAUUAAAGAUGAGCAGUACAGUCUUCUUGAACUUCUUCAUGAGUUCCAUCCAGAAAUAAAAAAUAUCAAAGACAUCAGAUUUAAUAAAUAUAAAGUUAUGCUGAUCUUUGACGGUCUGGAUGAAAGCAGACUUCCGUUAAAUUUUCAUCACACGAGGUUGUCUAAUGUUAAGAAGGCCACAUCAGUUGAUGUGUUGUUGACCAACCUUAUUAAGAGGAUUCUUCUUCCUUCUGCUCUUCUGUGGAUAACAACCAGGCCAGCAGCAGCCAGUCAGAUCCCUCCUGAGUAUGUUGACCAGGUGACAGAGAUUCGGGGGUUUAAUGACCCACAAAAAGAGGAGUAUUUUCAUAAAAGAUUCAGUGAUGAGGAUCUGGCCAACAGAAUUAUAUCUCACAUACAGUCAUCAAGGAGCCUCUACAUCAUGUGUCACAUACCAGUUUUCUGUUGGAUUUCAGCAACUGUACUUGAAGAAAUGCUGGGUAAUGAUGGUGGUGAAGAAAUACCUACAACACUGACACAAAUGUACACACACUUCCUGCUCAUUCAGACCAACAUAAAGAAAAAGAAAUACAAUUUCUCAAAUGAAACAAACACAAACAACAUUUCACAAUCAGAUAGAGAUAUUAUUAUGAAGUUGGGGGAGUUGGCUUUCUACCAGCUGGAAAAGGGAAAUGUCAUAUUCUAUGAAGAGGACUUGAGAGAGUGUGGUAUUGAUGUCAGUGAAGCCUCAUUGUAUUCUGGGGUGUGCACCCAAAUUUUCAAGAAGGAAUCAGUCAUGUAUCAGAAAAAGGUCUACUGCUUUGUGCAUUUGAGCAUUCAGGAGUAUAUUGCUGCUCUGUAUGUUUUUCAAACCCAUGCCAGCAAAAAUAUGGAUUCUCUCACACUGUUUGCGAAGAAAAGGUCUGGAGUUAUACUUGACACCUUGCCCUUGUCAAAUUUUCACAAAGGAGUUGUAGACAAGGCAUUGAAAAGUAAGAAUGGACAUUUGGACCUCUUUCUUCGUUUUUUUCUUGGUGUCUCACUGGACUCCAACAAGAGUCUUCUGCAAGGAUUUUUGACACCAACCGAGAGCAGCUCAGAGAGCAUCAAAAAAACAAUUAAAUAUAUCAAAGGGUUGAGAAGGAAGGGUCCGUCUCCAGAGAGAUGUAUCAAUCUCUUACACUGUUUGCUUGAAUUAAAUGAUAAUUCUCUUGUUGAGGAGGUUCAAAAUUAUUUGCAAAGUUCCUCUGAAAAAAAGCUGUCACCUGCACAGUGUACAUCCUUGGCCUAUGUUCUUCUAAUGUCGAAGAAGGUUUUAGAUGUUUUUGACAUGAAAAAAUAUAAUACAUCUGAAGAGGGUUGCAUCAGACUUCUUCCAGUAAUAAAAUGUUGUCGAAAGGCUCUACUUACUGGCUGUAAACUCACAGCGUCUUCCUUCGAAACUGUCCUCUCAGGUCUUCAGGCCCCCAUGUCACAUCUGAGAGAACUGGAUCUCAGCUACUGUGACCUGGGGGAUUCAGCAGUGAGGCUACUGUGUGAUGCACUGAAGAGUCCAAACUGUAAAAUACAUAAGCUGGGACUGGGUGCCUGUAGACUCACUAAGGAAUCUUGUGAAGUUUUGGUUUCCACGAUUCAGUCGGUCAACUUCCUCCUUAAAGACCUACAGCUCCUAUACAAUGACCUAGGCGAUUCAGGAGUGAAGCUGCUCAGUGUUGGAUUGAUGAGUCAACAUUGUAAACUGCAGAUGCUGGGACUCAGUGGCUGUAAACUGACAGAAGAGUCCUGUGGAUCUCUGGUCUCAGCUCUCCAGUCAGUGAACUCACAGCUGACAGAACUGGAUCUCAGCUACAAUCACCUGGGGGAUUCAGGAGUGAAGGAGCUCUGUACUGGACUGAUGAGUCCUCACUGUAAACUACAAACUCUGAGGCUUGGUAGCUGUAAACUUGCACCAGAGUCCUGUGGAUCUCUGGUCUCAGCUCUCAAGUCAGUGAACUCACAGCUGACAGAACUGGAUCUCAGCUACAAUCAUCUGGGGGAUUCAGGAGUGAAGGAGCUCUGUACUUUACUGAUGAGUCCUCACUGUAAACUACACACUCUGAGGCUUUGUGGCACCGGUCUGACAGAGGGAUGCUGUGAAAGUCUGGCCUCAGCCCUGAAGUGUCCUCAGUCUGGGUUGACAGACCUGGAACUGAGUGACAAUGACCUGCUGGAUCAUAGUAUGACGCUGCUCUCUGCAGGGCUAGAGGACUCCUGCUGUAAGCUGCAGAAGCUUGGGUUGUCCCUGUGUAGAGUCACAGGGAGAGGCUGUUCUUCUCUGGCUUCGGCUCUGGGUUCAAACCCCCGUUCACAGCUGAGAGAGCUGGAUCUGAGCUAUAAUCACCCAGGGGACUCAGGAGUGAAGCUGUUCUGUGCUCUACUGGAGGAUCCCAGCAGUACCCUGGAGAAAGUGAAUGUGGACCAUGCUGGACAGUGCAGGAUCAGAGCAGGACCAUGGAAAUACUCUUGCCAGCUCACACUGGACCCGAACACAGCCCACAGGAAGCUGACUCUCUCUGAGGACAACAGGACGGUCACAUGGAGGAGAGAGGAGAAGCCCUAUCCUGCACACCCAGAGAGAUUUGAUACCAAGUUUCAAGUCCUUUGUAGAGAAGCCCAGCGGGGGCGCGCCUACUGGGAGGUUCAGUGGACUGGAGGAUUUGGGGCUGCAGUUGGAGUGACUUACAAAGGAAUCAGCAGGAAGGGCGGCGCUGUUGAUAUCUUGCUUGGGCGUAACGACAAGUCCUGGAGUCUGGAGUGCUCUGGCACAAGUAAAAGUUACACGGCUCGACACGGUGACAGCAGCACCUCGGUAUCGCCAACACCCUCUCUUUCCCCCAUAGCACACCUGUCUCUGGAUGGACCCUUUCAGAGAGUGCGGGUGUGUCUGGGUGGGCUCCCUCGCACCAUAGCAGUGUAUCUAGACGUACCAGCCGGUACUCUAUCCUUCUACACUGUCUCCUUUGAUGAACUGACCCUCCUGCACAGGUUCACCUCCACCUUCACUGAGCCCCUCUAUCCUGGCUUUAGAGUCGACUUGGACUCCUCGCUGUCCCUCUGUCAGCUCGAAUGACCUCAUUUGUCCUCCCAGAAUUGUUCAUUUCAAUAUGAUGAACAACAAACAACAGAAAUUCCCGUUCAAAAUAGGAGCCUUGGUGCUUUCACGCACCACACAAGAUGAGCAGCCACCUCCCCUCCAUGCACGGUGUGGCUUCUCCUGCACAUCUUCAGUGUGUCACACCCACGCGCUUACCAGCAAGUGUCUCUCAAAGUGCUAAAAGAAGUUGAAAGGGCAAAGGGAAGCCUUACCUGUCAGUUGAAAAGUAGAAUUGAAAAAACAUAUGGAAUUCUCUUAUUUCCUGCAGUGUUGUUAACAGACCCCAUGUCUUUCUGUGGCCGGGUGGUAUCCUUGGGGAGGGUGCAGGAUGCCGAUUGUUCAUGACAAUAAAAAUUAGCUCCUCAGUACAGUUCCUUGCUGUAUGCAGUGUACAUUGUCAGCUCCAAGAUGAAUGCCUCCCUACCUAUGAAUCCUCAGGUGAGGUGCCACGUGCCAGGGGCAUGUAGAGCACACCUUUCUGCUGUCCUGCUUCCUGUUAAAAGUGAGUAGCAGCUACAGGGUGUUUUACUGUCCAGCAGUUUCCAGAGGUGUGUGUCCUGA